AUGGACCAGUAUAAUAAACAGGCUGCAGAUUUUGUUUUCCGUGCCAACAAUGCUGACUCUGGGCCAGACGAGAUUGAUUUACAUGGACUUUAUGUGAAAGAGGCUAUACAAGCUCUUGACACUCGUAUCAGAGCUGGCAUUCAACGCCAUGAGUCACAUAUUAAGGCUAUAGUUGGUAAAGGAAACCACUCAGCCAAUCAUGUUGCCAAGAUUAAGCCUGCUGUUGAAGAACUGUGUCAAACUCACGGUAUUAGACACGAGAUCGAUCCACAUAAUUCUGGUGUUAUUAUCCUCCACCUCGAUGGACAGUCAGGCCCAGCAGUCAAUACUGGCAACUACCCUCAACAACCUCCUGCUUCUCACGGUGGUUCUGCCAGUCAGUACUAUGGAGGAAAUGCUCCUCAGCAGCAGCCAUACGCACCUCAACACCAGCAGUAUCAACAGAAUUAUGGUCAGCAACAACAGCAGUACCAACAACAGCCCCAGGGCCAAGGACAGAACAACCAGAACGACAUGCUUUUCAAGAUCUUUUGCGGUGUCGCCAAGAUGCUCUUCCGCCAAUGUGCAUGA